AUGGACCAAGAAGCCGUGGGCAAUAUCGUCCUGCUGGCCAUUGUCACCCUCAUCAGCGUGGUCCAAAAUGGGUUCUUUGCCCACAAGGUGGAGCACGAAAGCAAGACCCACAAUGGGCGGAGCUUCCAGAGGACUGGGACGCUGGCCUUCGAGCGGGUCUACACUGCCAACCAGAACUGUGUGGAUGCCUACCCCACCUUCCUCGUCAUGCUCUGGAGCGCCGGGCUUCUCUGCAGCCAAGUUCCUGCUGCCUUUGCUGGACUGAUGUACCUGUUUGUGAGGCAGAAGUACUUCGUUGGCUACCUAGGGGAGAGGACUCAGAGCACGCCUGGUUACAUAUUUGGGAAACGCAUUAUCCUGUUCCUAUUCGUCAUGUCCCUCGCUGGGAUACUCAACUAUUUCCUCAUUGCCUUUUUCGGAAGUGACUUUGAAAACUACAUCAAGACCAUCACCACCACCAUCUCCCCUCUUCUUCUCAUCCCUUGA